AUGACAGACAGAAGCAGUAUGCCGCUAGAGACAGAUGAGAAUAUGAGCGGGUACGGCGGUGGCGUCAUGUGUGACACGGACGCGCUGUCGCGCCGUCUGCGCGACGCCGAGAGAGCGCGCGCUGACGCCGAGCGUGCUCAUGCUGAUGCGCUUGCGCAUCUCCGUUCGGCGCAGCGUUCACCCAUCGAUUCGCAUAAUGUCGAGCAGUUACAAUCUAGAGCCAGGGAGCUUGAAAAAAAGGCUGCAUUGGAAACAGUACGUUGUGAAGAACUUCAACUGGAACUGUCAUCGGCCCUGAGAGCAAGGGGUGCAUCUGGAGGAGGAACCACGUGGUCCACACAGGCCGCACAGCCUGCCUCCGAAAUAGAGCGCAUCAUGGCCAAGAUCGAACAGGACAACCGCAUCCUAGCUGAACUAGAGCAUCCUCGCUCCACAACGCAUGGUAAUAUCCAAACUAACAGGAGCAGACACGGGUAUUACCCGGACAGGAAUAUCUCAGACGUCACUGGUUUCACAGGUAUCCAAACAAGCGGAUCUAAUCAAGCCUUGGGAGAAUUUCAUUCUCCGACGCCCUCACCGCUGCCGCACUCAUACACAAGCACGGCAGGCCACGUGGCCAUCUGCCAGAGUAGCACCAUGCCGACUCUGUCCUCACUACAUGCUACCGGACAGUUCACAGCACCCAGUUCUAACUCCGUGGCAUACUCCAUGAGUGCGCACAAUCCCACGUCAUAUGCUAACCCCGUCUCAGCUUACACUACCAGUUCGUAUGGGCUCCCAAACACUCAUCAAGUGACAUUUACUAACCCCGUUACGGCUCCACUCGUAAAUAACAUGGGACAAAUAUCUAAUACCUUAGCUGGACUCCAAAGUAACCUACAGAAUAUGGGUAGUAACAUGGUAACCGGUAAUGUGCCAGGUAUGAAUUUGAGCGGUGGACUUAGUGGACCGGGUAUGACUGGAACCAUAGCAGGGACUGCCCUUACUGCUUGCUUAAAUAAUCCACAGACGAGUUUAGGCUGUGGAUUUACAAGUACUCUCGGAGGAAUACAAUCGACUCUAACCAGCGGGCUGAGUAACGCCCUCUCCAAUUUGACUGGUGGCACACAAUUAGGAGGGAUGAAUACUAGUCUGACAGGCACAAGUGGUUAUGGAACGGGAACAGGGACAUAUACAAAUCCUCUGCUCUCAGGAGGUCUGGGAGCAAAUCCUAUGAAUAUAAAACUAAAACCACUAGAUGAAAUAGAUCUCGGUAUCGGUAGAUAUCCGUCAACGACUGCUGGCGUAGGACGGGUGGCGACUCCAGUAACGCCACACCAACCUUCGUGGAAUUUAGGAUUAGAUAGCCAAUUUGGAACUGAUAGACUAGGAGCCUUAGUUGACACGAGUUACAGUCAUGAUCGAAACCAGAGAACUCUAUCGAGGAUUAUGCCUAAUUCCGGAUUGGAUAUAGAAGGUCGAAAUUCACAUUUUAUGAACGGUGGUGCACCAACAGAAGGUCAAGUUGAUAUGUUAGACAUUCCAGGAAAAGGUCGCUGUUGUGUUUACAUCGCACGGUUUUCUUACGAUCCGCCGGAAGUUGAGACUGCGGAAGGAGAAUUGUCUAUCUGUGCCGGUGACUAUUUAUUAGUGUGGGGUCCACCCGACGCUAAUGCUUCUAUGCUUGACGCUGAAUUAUUAGACGGACGCAGAGGAUUAGUACCUGCUAAUUUCGUCCAACGAUUGGUUGGAGAUGACCUGUUGGAGUUCCAUCAGGCGGUUGUUGCAACUUUACGAGAUGCUGAUGAAUCUGCUACUACAGCAGUAAGUGAAAUCUCACUGAGCAGAGAUGUCGCUCGUCUCAGUGAAGUUGCAGAGCUUAGUGAAGGUCCUGAAGACGAUGAUAAUGUACCGGCGCCACGGCAGCUGACACUGGAGAGACAGCUCAACAAGUCGGUGCUCAUUGGCUGGACGGCUCCAGAGGGUGUCCAGCAAGCCAACAUAGAGAGCUACCAUGUAUACGUUGACGGCGUCCUCAAGACAACGGUCAAGGCUUCAGAACGCACACGAGCUUUGGUUGAAGGCGUAGACUCCAACCGGCCACAUCGAAUCAGCGUGCGUUCAGUAACAGCGUCUCGCCGUACUUCGAGGGAUGCAGCUUGCACCAUGGUGAUUGGUAGGGAUACGGCUAAUAUGGGCCCAACUUGUGUCAGAGCCAGUGGUGUCACUUGUUCUCAAGCAGUGAUCUCCUGGCUACCUGCCAAUUCUAAUCAUCAGCAUGUCGUCUGUGUGAAUAACGUUGAAGUUCGUACAGUUAAACCAGGAGUAUAUCGUCAUACAAUCACAGGCUUAUCACCCAGUACUCAAUAUCGGGUAACCGUAAGGGCAAAGCACUUACGAGCUGGUCCUCCAUCAGGAAUAACAAUUGAAGAAGCUCCUGGGGCUUACACAGACUUUAGAACGCUACCAAAAGGAUUGCCAGAUCCACCGAACGAAAUAAUGGUGGAAGCGGGACCUCAGGAUGGCACUCUGCUGGUGACUUGGCAGCCAGUUCUACGUCCACCCGCCUCGGGCCCCGUCACUGGGUAUGCAGUAUACGCUGACGGCAAGAAGGUGACCGACGUGGAUUCUCCAACCGGUGACCACGCUCUCAUCGACAUUGGCAAACUGAUCGGCCUCAAUCCUAAAUGUGUCACCGUACGAACCAAGUCACGAGACAGUCAGUCUGGUGACAGUGCACCCACGCCAAUACCUCCGGCUGUGCUUCGUGGGGUCGCAUCGCGGAUGCCACGCGGUCCAAUGCCGGGGCCCAACCAAUCAGGUCCCCAUGGGUAUAGAGGCCCAGGAAUUCAACGACCCCAGCCCUAUCAGCAGCAGCAACAAGUGAUAGAACAUGAUGAAAAUCUUUCCGAUAAGGAGAUUUUUCCAUCUAGUGUCAAUCGUCACGACCAGCACGCUGCUCAGCAGCAACCGUCCCAAGCAGCGGCAGCGUCGCAGCAGCAAUCGGGUCCGCCGUACCCGAGUACACAAGCCUACCAUGGCACGCAGCAACCCCCAUAUCCACCAGCCGGCCAGUUCCCAAGUAACGCGCCAGCGCCCUACCCCGGCGCGCAGCAGCACUAUCAGAAUCCUCCGCCGAGAAACCACAACGAGCGCGGCCGCCCUCCUAACCCUCAUCAAGUACAACAGGGUCAGCAGGGCAGCAGCAUGCAGUACACCGCUCGCGGGGCCCAACAACAGGGCCCUCGGGCUCCUCCCGGGGGUGGAAGACACUCACAACCGCAUCCUCAAUCUAAGAAAAGCCGCUACUUCAUCGCCUUGUUCGACUAUGACCCCACCACUAUGAGCCCCAACCCUGAAAGCUGUGACGAAGAACUACCUUUUAGUGAAGGUGACACCAUCAAGGUAUGGGGCGAUAAAGACGCCGACGGCUUCUAUUGGGGCGAGUGCAGAGGUCGUCGAGGUUACGUGCCUCACAAUAUGGUGAUGGAAGUUUCAGAGCAAGAGGCUGCAGGCCAGGCCGCAAAGCGAGAACGCUGGGCAGAUGCGUAUGCUAACCAACCUGUUCGGAGAAUGGUCGCACUGUACGACUAUGACCCUCAGGAACUAAGCCCAAAUGUCGACGCAGAUGGUCGUUAUGUCCAGGCGGAGCUGAGCUUCCAAACCGGUCAAAUCAUCCAUGUUUAUGGAGAAAUGGAUGAUGAUGGAUUCUAUAUGGCAGAAAUUGAAGGUGUCCGCGGCCUGGUGCCCAGUAACUUCCUUACUGAAGCCAACGAUCAGUACCCACCUGCUGGACAAAGCAGUCAAGGGGUAGCUGGCUCGGCUGGUGUUGGGAUGGCAGGUCCAGGGGGGCGUAAUGCAGGGCGGGGACGGGGUGUAGCAGGAGGUGUGCAGGCACCGACAAUGCCAGGACCUGGCGCUCGCGGUCCGCCACCUCCCCCACGCGAUAACGUAGCGCCCGUGCCUCGUAACCAUCAUAGGAAACCAGAUGCCUGCCCUCUUCCCCCUUCUCAGUUAGACCACAACACAUGCGCCAGUAAUCCAGAACAGGCGAAUUCUCAGGCGAGGGCGAGAGGCGCGGCGAUCGCUCAGCCAGUGAGCACGAUCGCGCGCACGAACGUUGGUAACGCAAGCACCCCGGUGCAGUCGCCAGGCACAACAGCGGCGGGUUCGAGUGUUGGUAUAACAAAUUCGAUAGCGGGUGGUGUACCUGCACCGGCUUCUCCCGCACGUCGCGCCGGACCCGCAGUAGUGCCCGCGCCUGCAUCCCAGCCAAUACCGUCGCAAGCAACGCCGGUCUCGCAACCCAAUCUAAUGCAAAAAUUUUCCGAAAUGACUGCACCCGGUGGGGACAUACUCAGCAAGGGGAAGGAGUUGAUCUUUAUGAAGUUUGGACUCGGUGGAAAAUAA